GUAUUUUUCAGUGACAACACAUUUGUGGCUUCAGUUCCAUUUACACACAGGUGUUCAGAGAUGCAGAUAGCUAAAUUAGUUAUAACAGGUAGUCUCUGUCUUCCCUCAUGAACAAGCGCUGUAACAUGGAAAUAUGGCCGUGUGGGAACCCUAACCCUAUAAAGGAAGAGAUGUCAGGAGAGAGCGUGGUGAGCUCAGCAGUGCCGGCGGCUACAACCCGGACCACCUCCUUCAAGGGCUCCAGUCCCAGCUCCAAGUAUGUGAAGCUGAACGUGGGCGGGGUGCUCUACUACACCACCAUGCAGACCCUCACCAAGCAGGACACCAUGCUCAAGGCCAUGUUUAGCGGCAGGAUGGAGGUCCUCACAGACAGUGAAGGCUGGAUCCUGAUUGACCGGUGUGGGAAACACUUUGGGACAAUUCUGAACUACCUUAGAGACGGAGCGGUACCACUCCCAGAGAGUCGUCGGGAGACUGAGGAGAUGCUGGCUGAGUCCAAGUACUAUCUGGUCCAGGGCUUGGCUGAUGAGUGUCAGGCUGCCCUUCAGAACAAAGAGUCGUACGAGCCGUUCUGUAAAGUUCCUCUGGUGACAUCAUCGAAGGAAGAACAGAGACUCAUUGCCACCUCUAAUAAGCCUACUGUCAAACUAUUAUACAACAGAAGCAACAACAAAUACUCCUACACCAGUAACUCGGACGACAACAUGUUGAAGAACAUUGAGCUGUUUGACAAGCUGUCACUACGCUUCAACAACCGCGUGCUCUUCAUCAAGGACGUGAUCGGCGACGAGAUCUGCUGCUGGUCCUUCUAUGGCCAGGGCCGCAAGAUCGCCGAGGUGUGCUGCACCUCUAUUGUCUACGCCACCGAGAAGAAGCAGACCAAGGUGGAGUUCCCUGAGGCGCGGAUCUAUGAGGAGACCCUCAACAUCCUGCUGUAUGAGUCCCAGGACGGGAGGGGUCCCGACAACGCUCUGCUGGAGGCCACGGGGGGCGCCGCCGGCCGCUCGCACCACCUGGACGAGGACGAGGAGCGCAUCGACAGGGUGCGCAGGAUCCACGUCAAGCGGCCCGACGACCGCACACACCACCACCACCAGUAACCCCUGACGGACCUCGUCCCUCGACCAUCCAAAGCCCAGCCCUGGACGUCUGACCCUGGACUCUCAGUGGACCACGUCUGUGCCUUGCUUCCAACACCCAGCACUUCUCUCUCUCCCCCCCUCUUCUUCCCCACUCCUACUCUCACCCGUCCCCCACAGCGGGAGCUCACUGCUGAGGAUGAGAGACGAGUUGAAGCUUAGUGUGGUGAAGUGGAUUCAUGUGUGUUUAUGUGUAGGCCAUCUUGUUGUGUGUAGUGCUCUGAGGAUUUCUAUCUGUCGGUUGGUGGUUGCCAAUGUUUUUCCACUAUGCAUGAAUGUGAAUAGGAUUAUGAAUGGGAUGUAUGUGGAAUGGAAAUGUCAGUGGUUAUACUGGAGGGAAUUGCAAUGUCAGCAUCGUGCUCUUUGGUCUUUGCUAUAAUGCAACCAGAAGAACAAGAAUCAUGCAACGUUUGUCGCUGAGUUUCUGGAUGUUUUGAAUAUUCUGUCAAAGAAAAGUAUUGUAAGUGUCUGAAGAAUCUGUAUGAUGGCAGUCAAUCAGGCGUUCUACAAGAAAAGUCCACUAGGGGGAAGUAUUGAAUCAAACAGACGAUCUCUCAUUGUGUCAGACGGCUUCACUGCUCGCAGCCUUUCGUGUUCUAUCAAUUUCCAAUGAAAUCGUUGCAUUUUCUAUUCACCCUAUUCUUGAAUAUCAGUCAAUAUUUGGUCAAAUCAAAAUAUAUCAUACAAUGGAGUACCUCCACUCUCCCACAACCUCUUUUUAAUUAAUAGGAUUUCCCAUUUAACCCAAUGUCCCUUCAUGUAAGUGAUUGUUUAAAAGGGAAGAACUUGAGCUGUGAAGUGUUAAGUGUUACCUGGGUUGAUUGAAUGAUUGAGCUCUUAAGGCUGAAAUGAAUGGUUGAAACUAAAACUCUACCCCCAAGGAGGAGGAGCUGUCUCCUACAAGCUUUUAACAGGCAGAUCAUUUAGACCUGCCCCUCAUCAGGGUAUUCAUUAAGGAAUGGUAACCGUAUGUCCACACGUGUUCUUUUAGCAAACGCAGUACUUGUAAAGACAUCUGUCUGUACAGAUGUACCACAUUUAAAUGUUUUACAUAUAUUUUAUAGAUACCUUAUCAAAAAUAAAUAAAAUAUUUCUACAAUA